GCAUUGAGCUGACUGGCGCCAUCCUGAAAGAAUGCCUUCACUGUAAAAAAACACAGAGAGAGCAGAGCAUUCAGAGACAGAGGGAGUGCGCACUAGAGAGAGCAAGAGAGAGAGAGAUAGAUAGAGGGAGGGAUGGAAGUAGUGUAAGUGGGAAGAGGGUUAAUACUACUGCACACAAACACAGAUUUGAUCAAACUUGUGUUGAGUCAGAGGAAAGAAAACGUAUCCAGAUCGAACCAGGUCGGCCUGAACCGUCAAACCCACUUGUUGAGUCUACGCAACAGCACACCGAGAGAAAAACUUGCGGAACUUGACGCGCGUUUGGAUGCGUACGCGGACUUAUGACCAAACAUUAGUAUAAAUACAGUUGACUUUCACAAGUUAAUGCGCGUUUAUUGAACGGAUGGGUCAAGUUUAUAUGAGCUUUUGACAUUUUGCCAAUGACAGAAAGAACACAAACGGACGGACGGACUUUGUAAAACAAAUUGUCUUGUUCAAUUUCAGGUGAUCGGAAGUAAAAAAGAAAAAAAGAAAAAGCGAACCUGUGGAUUAAGCAAAGGAGGAGUUUGGACUUUUUUUUGAACUUUCUCGUGUUGUGUGUUUCGGUGAGUGUAUGAACGCUUGUUAAAGAAAUAAAAAUAAAAAACGAUGGAAGUAAGUCCGGAGCAACCCCGCUGGAUGACCCAUCAUCACCCGGUUAUUAACGGCCAGCAUCCCGAGGCACACCACCCAGCACUGGGACACUCCUACAUGGACUCGUCGCAGUAUCCCCUCGCGGAUGAUAUGGAUGUAGUGUUUAAUAUCGACGGACAGAGCAACCACCCGUACUACGGGAACUCGGUUCGGGCUGUGCAGAGGUACCCGCCACCUCACGCAGGUACUCAAAUGUGUCGCCCAUCAUUGCUGCACGGCUCUCUUCCUUGGCUCGAUGGAAGUAAAUCUAUCGGCCCUCACCACAGUACCUCCCCGUGGAACCUCGGGCCUUUCCCCAAGCCUUCCCUGCAUCACAGUUCCCCUGGGCCUCUGUCCGUCUACCCCCCAGCCUCCUCCUCCUCGCUGUCUGCUGGUCACUCCAGCCCACACCUCUUCACCUUUCCCCCCACUCCACCCAAAGAUGUGUCCCCUGACCCCUCAAUUUCCACGUCAGGUUCGGGCUCAUCCAUACGGCAGGAGGACAAAGAGUGCAUUAAAUACCAGGUGUCUCUGGCCGAAAGCAUGAAGCUGGAUUCUGCUCAUAGUCGGAGCAUGGCCUCUAUUGGACCGGGGGUGUCCUCCGCGCACCACCCCAUCGCCACUUACCCAUCCUAUGUGUCCGAUUACGGGCCGGGGCUCUUCCCACCAAGUAGCCUGAUAGGUGGGUCCUCUUCUAGUUAUGGUUCCAAAACGAGACCAAAAACAAGGUCCUGUUCAGAGGGUAGAGAAUGUGUUAACUGCGGGGCCACCUCGACUCCUCUGUGGCGGAGGGAUGGCACCGGUCACUAUUUGUGUAACGCCUGCGGACUGUACCACAAGAUGAACGGCCAGAACCGACCCCUCAUCAAGCCCAAGCGGAGGCUGUCCGCUGCCAGACGAGCAGGGACCUCGUGCGCAAACUGUCAAACGACCACGACGACACUGUGGCGGAGAAAUGCGAACGGCGAUCCCGUCUGCAAUGCCUGCGGCCUCUAUUACAAAUUACACAAUAUCAACCGACCGCUCACCAUGAAGAAGGAGGGCAUCCAGACCCGGAAUAGGAAGAUGUCCAGCAAGUCCAAGAAGAGCAAAAAGUCCCAUGACAGCAUGGAUGAUUUCUCUAAAAGCUUAAUGGAAAAGAACAGUUCCUUCAGCCCGGCCGCCCUGUCGCGUCACAUGACCUCGUUCCCUCCCUUCUCACACUCCGGCCACAUGUUGACCACGCCCACCCCCAUGCACCCCUCCUCCAGCUUGCCCUUCGCCCCUCACCACCCUUCCAGUAUGGUGACAGCGAUGGGCUAGAGCACCCUGCUACCUCUGACCACCCAAUUUCCCGACGGUGGAUGUCUCAAAGCACCGUUAACCUUGAAGCCUGUCACAACCGCAACCCUCCGACCUUAAACCAGCUCUCUCACGUGCUCCAUCUGAGCUACAAGCUUCCCCCCAAGACCCCUUCUCCGGUAUCCCCCGCUUAAACCCCCCAAAACCCCACAUUAUGAGGGAGAGACAGUGAGAAAGAAAGAAAAAAGACAAUGACUUUCUUCAUCGCCCCUCCAAUCAUGAAGCCUCACGCUGAUGUCAACCUUCAUUUGUGUACAAAUGCCAUCUUUCCUGUGGGCAUCAAGGCACAAACAUUACGAGAGUUUAAACAAACCUCCUCUGUUUCCCUUACCCACUCCUUCACUUCUUCUACGUAUCUCCUCUUCUUCGUCCCCGUGAGACAUGAGGACUCGAGCUGUGAAUGACAACAGGAGAUGAACUCUGCAUAUAUUUGUAAAAAAAAUUGUCUGAAAUACAUUUAUUGAAGACUUUUUAAAGCGCAAAAGGCGAGGACAGGAAAUGCCUGUGGGCAGCUAAUGAUAAGAAGGGUACGACUCAAACCUGGAAGAUGGAAUGGCAUCGUGAAGCGACCACGAAUUCUAUCUAAAUGAUGAGAAAAGUAAGAGACGAGGUGUAGGGAGAAGAAAAAUAGAAAGGAAAUGGUGUGUAAUGCAUUAAAACUUGUAGUCAGGUCUGUCUUACAGACUUCCAGCUACUCUUAUGGAUGUGUUAUAGGUCUUGGGCAAUUGGUUUGUUGUUACACACACACACACACACACACACACACACACAAACACACACACACACACACACACACACACACACACACACACAUACACACACACACACACACGAACACACCUGAACGACUUCUUUGGGCCCAGGUUAUAUGCAUUGUGAAAAAAAGUUCCUGUAUUUGUUAUUUGUAUGUAUAAUUCAGAGUACCAAAAAUACGAAAGAAACAAAGAUGUAGAAUUAUUUCUUUAUGUAACGCAGACUGAAUGGUUGUACAAAUUUAAUAAUCACUAGUGUAAAAAAAAGACUUGCAUUUUGUUGCGUAAUUUUUUUUUCCUCCUUAAAAAUAAUAAACUAGUUUAAUCUCUGUUGACAUCA